AUGUGGAACGCGACGCCGAGCGAGGAGCCGGGACCCAACCUCACGCUGCCGGACCUCGGCUGGGACGCUUCCCCCGACAACGACUCGCUAGCGGACGAGCUGCUGCCGCUCUUCCCCGCGCCUCUGCUGGCCGGUGUCACCGCCACCUGCGUGGCUCUUUUCGUGGUGGGCAUCGCGGGCAACCUGCUCACCAUGCUGGUGGUGUCUCGCUUCCGCGAUAUGCGUACCACCACCAACCUCUACCUGUCCAGCAUGGCCUUCUCCGACCUGCUCAUCUUCCUCUGCAUGCCCCUCGACCUCGUCCGCCUCUGGCAGUAUCGGCCCUGGAACUUCGGCGACCUGCUCUGCAAACUCUUCCAGUUCGUCAGCGAGAGCUGCACCUACGCCACGGUGCUCACCAUCACCGCGCUGAGCGUCGAGCGCUACUUCGCCAUCUGCUUCCCGCUGCGGGCCAAGGUGGUGGUCACCAAGGGUCGGGUGAAGCUGGUCAUCCUGGUCAUCUGGGCCGUGGCCUUCUGCAGCGCCGGGCCCAUCUUCGUGCUGGUGGGGGUGGAGCAUGAGAAUGGCACCGACCCUCGGGACACCAACGAGUGCCGCGCCACCGAGUUCGCCGUGCGCUCGGGACUGCUCACAGUCAUGGUGUGGGUGUCCAGCGUCUUCUUCUUCCUGCCUGUCUUCUGCCUCACUGUGCUCUACAGCCUCAUCAGCAGGAAGCUGUGGCGGAGGAGGCGCGGCGAGGCGGCCGCGGGCACCUCGCUCAGGGACCAGAAUCACAAGCAAACCGUGAAAAUGCUGGCUGUAGUGGUGUUUGCGUUCAUCCUCUGCUGGCUGCCCUUCCACGUAGGGCGAUAUUUAUUUUCCAAAUCCUUUGAGCCUGGCUCCCUGGAGAUUGCUCAGAUCAGCCAAUACUGCAACCUCGUGUCCUUUGUUCUCUUCUACCUCAGCGCUGCCAUCAACCCCAUUCUGUACAACAUCAUGUCCAAGAAGUACCGGGUGGCAGUGUUCAAACUUCUGGGAUUUGAACCUUUCUCUCAGAGGAAGCUCUCCACUCUGAAGGAUGAAAGUUCUCGCGCCUGGACAGAAUCUAGUAUUAAUACAUGA